GACCAUGGAAGGGAAGGAGACGUCACCAAGUCUUACCUCGGAGAGCAGCAUAUUGGACCUCCCCUCUGUUUGUGACCUAGCAGAGCACUUUCUGCCUCCACACAGCUCUGAAAACAGUGAGGAGCUUUAUUCUUCUGGGGAUAUUUUUCCCUCUCCACCCACAGGAGAGAGCAAUCCAUCAUCGGCGGCUCCUGCGGGCUGUUCUGCUGAAGGCUCUGAGGAAGCAGACAUGAGAUGUUACCCAAAAGCAGGGCUGUGUGAGCCCUCUGAACCUAAUGAUGCUGGGCUCUCAUGGAUGUAUGAACGUGAUGGUGCAGAAGAUCCCAGCAUCAGGGACUCUCUGGAUGGCUUCUACAAAAUGUACUGCAGAAAGCAGCCAGAGAGAAAGGAUCCAACCUAUCAGGCUGCCUCACAGUGUCUGUCACAGAAGAUUUCUGAGCUGGAGCAAAAGGGUGGAACAAAAUACGUGUCACGUUGCCUGCAAAUGGCACAGUUGGUCUUGAACAGAGAUGGAUGUAAGAUCUUUCCAAACCAUUCCCCUUCUACUUGCUUUUCAAAGCCAGCUGAAGGAGAAGUCUUGUUGGAAAACAGGAGGAGGACACCUGGACUCUCAGAUGACAUCCUGCAGUUCCUCGUGAAGCAAACACAGGCAGAACGUAGCCCUGAUGGGUCACAUGAGAAGUGAGCAAGACACUGGUUUGUUUCUGCCAUCGAGGCUUUGCUUUCACUCCAGAAAGAGGUGAUUUUCGUAGAAAGACAUUGUUCUCCAAACACCACCUUCAGCACCAGAUGUUCCAUGGAGGGGUUCACCCACAUUAGACCUUGCACCUUGCUCUCUGAAGGGCAGAACUGCACAAGGAGCAUUGGUGUAACUGCUUGGGAUGUGUUGAUUAAUUGGGAGGGCUCAUGCAGUGUUUGUUGCUGGGACAUCAAAUGUGAUAAUUUAUACCUACCAGGCUUUUAAAUUGGCCUGCAUCCUUACCACAGGUUAACAGUGGUCCAGCCCAGAUUCAGCCCCUGGGUGGGCAUGGCUGUCCAAGUGCUGCUGGCUAUAACAGACUGUUUGAACGACCUUGGCAUGGUGUGCCCCAGCCUUACAGAGGGAAAGUUAAGAUUUCAUUCUGUACAUUUGCCUCCACAGGGUGCCUAUUAGCUCUGUGUUUUUAGAUAUGUAACCCCAUAGUUCAUGAUUGCAAUGCCAGGUGAGUUUUUCUGACAGAAAAAAGUGUGUGUGCGCAUGAGUAGGAGAAAAUACAGCUCCGAGUAUGUUCUCUGACAGUGCUUCUGUCCUGUUUACCUCCCCACCAUCACCCCCCCCUCCAAGAACCUUCAGUUCCUUUCUGACUUUCAUGAUGGUGCUAAUGAGAUCCCUGGGGGAAUGUUCCCUUUAAAAUGAAACGGAUCUCUCUGAGCCCAAAGAGUCUGAUGUCAGUCAGCAACAGAGCAGUGAACCCACGCACAGCCACUUAAGGUUUCUCUCUCUCGGAAGCCUCCCGGCUCGGUGGCUUCUUUGUUGCUUUACUGCCUCAGCCAGGCAGAUAAAUGUCUUUGUGCAUGUUUUCCACCCACUGGUCUCUCCACUGAAAGAGCAGUUUGCUGUAGUGGUGUUGUUAGCUGACUGGGGAGGCCAUUCUCCAGCUUGGGUGUGAGCAAGGAAGCACGGAGUGCCAGAGGAAGGGAUGUGUUCAAGAUGACAACAAGUGGGCAAAGGAGAAAGAAAAAGGGUGGUUGGGGUCUCAAAGGUCAACAUC